UGGCGGCUUAUGCGAUCAAAGGUGAUGGGUAGGGCUUCGUUAUGUCUCGUUUGGCAGAUUACUUUGCCGUUAUUGGCAUACUCAAGGAUAGUUCAACAGAUGGCCAGGAGUUAGUGGGUAAGGUGCUCGAACGUUUUCCUUCUCAAGACAGAAAGGAUGUUACCUUCCCUGAAGGAAUUGAAAUGUUCUGCCAACCUGGGGGUUGGGAGAUAUCCUAUUACAGCAAACCAUCAACAUUUUAUGUGUCAGUACUGACAGAUAUGGCUGGUACCAGGAGUUAUGUAGCAUGUUUGUCAUUCUAUGAACCUUUUACACUUGUAAGAAAGGGAGAUGACUUUGACAAUGCCAUGAAUGUUUCUGGUGAUACAACUCAUACAAGUAAUAGUUCACCAAUAUCAAAGAAGGAUGUGCAGAUGGAAGCGUAUUAUCCAAAGUGUCUUUGUCUUGUCUCAAGAUUUACCUACUUUGAUAUCUUAAAGAGUUGUCUUGUGACAAUUUAUACAUCAUGGUUGAAUGGGGAUGCAAAUCUCGAAAAGAUUAUUGGCUCAGUUCUUGGUUUUGUUCAUGUCCCCUCUGUUGGUUCUGAUGCAGUUACAUUCUCUAUUGGGAUAGGGGAAAAGAAAACUCUUAGUCCACCACACUGGGAUGAAGUUCCAAUCACUGGAAAAUCUGUGGCUAAUGUUUUUCGACUUCUUGGUAUGCACAACGUGCUUUCGUUGUUCUGCGCAUUGGUUACAGAGAACAAAGUGCUUCUGUUUUCUAGCAGUUAUUCAUCGCUCACCAAUGCUUCCCUUGGUCUUCUCGCCAUUUUAUAUCCUCUAAAAUUUAGCUAUGUGUAUAUACCAAUAUUGCCGUCAGCCUUGCUGGACUUUAUAAAUGCUCCAACACCUUUUGUAAUGGGUGUGCAUACAAACUAUAAAACCAAUAUACCCGAGGUGAAUGAUGUUAUUUUGGUUGAUCUAGACGGUGGACAUGUCAGUAUACCGGAAUCUGUCAAUUUAUGUUCCAUUCCAGAACCAUAUUUAUCCAGGACAAGACAUGCAUUAACAUUGGUCCUCAAUCCCAAUUUAGUCGUGUCUGAUCUCACUUUCCCACCGUUGGUCAACCCAUCACCCGUACAUUUGCAGGAUAAAGAAAUCCGUGCAAUUUUUAUGCGUCUGUUCGCUCAAAUAUUUUCAGGGUACAGAUCAUGUUUAAAAGUCAUUCGUAUUCAUCCUAAACCGGUCAUCACAUUUCAUAAGGGAACAUUUAUGGAAAAAAGAGGAGUUUUUGGAGAUGAUUUUUUUAACAAGGUUUUAGAUAGCAUCAGUUUUAACCAGUUAAUAACUGAUCGAGGUCCUCCGCACCGAACAUGUGAUCUAUUUGACGAGCUUGUAGCAAGCAUUGAUGAAACUUUGAAAAGUGAAUUGGGUCUCGACGCUGAAAUAACGUCGAAUGUUCAACAGAUUGCCAAACGGCUGUAUGAUAGCGAGUCUAAUUGUUCCCGAGAAGAUGACAUGCCACCUUUAAUACCAAAUAUAAAUGACGACCCACCAUCUACAUUCCCCAUGCUUGAUUCCUCUGUUAUUGAAAAGUAUUUGGUAGACGACCAAGAUCACAGUAACUCUGCAACGUGCAAGACAACCCAGUUAUCGUAUGACAAAGUUCCGUAUGGGUCAGGAGAGUUUAGUUUUCAAACCCGGCAUUAUAUCAAUAUUCGAAAGUUAGAAGUAUUGCACGACUGCGUGGCGUAUAUAUUUGAAAACAAGAUAUCAGAGGCGCGAAAGGCACUUCCAUCGGUCCAAAGAGCUUUAAAAUCAAGAGGAGCGCAGUUGGCGUUAUGCCAAGAGCUGGCAGCACGUUCAGAACAGCAUAGAGCUGUGCUUGAACAUGAUCAAUUUAAUCUUGUUAUUACGUUAAUGAACUGUGCGUUACAGGAUGAUGCAAGCUUGAACGAUGGUGCUGUUGCCUCCGCUUUGCUUCCAUUAACGUCGGAAUUUUGUCGAAAUUUGGCGCCCGGGGUAAUGCAGUUUGCUUAUACCUGUGUUCAAGACCAUCCAAUCUGGCAGAAUGCUCAAUUCUGGGAAGAAACUUUCUUUAGUGACGUGCAAACAGAUAUAAAGAAGCUGUAUGAUGGUUCGAAUAAUAAGAAGAGACAAUCGUCAGAUAAGUUAUUCGCGAAUAAUGCAGGCUUGUUUGAACGCCUUUCAACGCCACGUACGUCAAGGACUAGUAUGACACAGCACCUUCACAGUCCACCAGUGCAUAAACAUGAUGUUGUUGUGAUUACACAGUCGGGUGUUUAUCAACAGGAAAACAUUGAUCGGGAAUUGGGAGUGAAUAACGAAGCUCUAGAUAUCGCUGCUACACAGAUGCGCAACUGGGAUUCACUUUCCGAGGAGGUACAAAAAACAAAUGUUACAAAUGAAGAAAGUAUCGUGUUUAGUCAGGCAAUUCAUUUCGUCAACCGUAUGGUAUACCUUAUGAUACCUUUGAAUGUUUCACAACUGGUCAAACCAAAGAGAAGACGCAUUCAGGAAACUGUACACGAAAACGCUGGGGCUCCAAAAGAUAAUAUUGAUGGAUCUUUGGCUAAUACUAGCAUUGGAUCAGACAGUCGGAGUAACGUUGCUAGAGUCGGCCAAAGUACUAAUGGGUCCGUUGUUGAUGUAACAGAUUCUGGCACAGCCCAAGGCAGUGUAUAUGGUGAUGUACAUAACAGUGAUCACUGGGAUGAAGAAGAGGAUGAUGGCACUAUCACUAACGAAGUGACACGAUUUGUUAUUCGAUUUGUCGAUCGGGUCGGAACUGCUGCUGGUAUAUCCACAGAACACCUGAAGUCGUUGUACAGUUUGGUACCAAGUGUGGUAACUAUGCACACGGAAUCGUUGGAACCAGUUUACAGAGAGCAUAAGCAACUUGCGCCAAUUCGAAAGGCGAAAAUAAUCAGACCAGUGAUGUUACCCUAUGAGGAGAUGCAAAUGGAUGGACUACGGUGUUAUUUGAUUCCCGAUGGUCGGGAAACCGGGACUGGUCUACAUUAUGGUGGACCAUGUCUGUUUCCUGCGGAAGGAGCUGUUUUUCUUACAAAUUACAGGAUAAUCUUUAAAGGAACUCCUGUUGAUGAGUUUGCUUCAGAGAUGGUUGUCACUCGAAGCUUUCCACUUGGAUCUCUCGUUAGAGAGAAGAAACUUGCUGCUCAAUAUAUACAACAUUUGAAUUCGUGGAUGGGAGAAUGUGUUCAGUUACGUUCUGUAACAUUUCAGAUGUUAAAACUUUGUUUUGACGAAGAAGUAGGUGCAGAAAAGGUCGAAGCAUUUCGCAAAACUAUAAUCAAACUUCGCUAUCCUCCGUCCGUUUUAAGCACUUUCUCCUUUAAAACGAGUGAUAAGAAACAGCCGGUGAAGGUUGUGCGCUUACAACUACCGCCGAAUGAUCACCAAGUAGCUGAACCCAAGAAAAUGAAACCUCGGGCAAGUAAUGUGGCUGUGAAAAGAGAAAGUGGAAUUAGACAUUUUAAAGGUUCGAUAAAAAGAGUACGAAAUCGAAAUGGCUUGUCUUCACCUAGACCAGGUCGCAAAAGAAAUUUAUCUUCUGAUGGCUCAAUGGAAAAUAUAUCUGAUGGGCAGGUUGAUCUUUCUGAUAUUCCGAUAUCCCUACCUAAUGAAACGGUUCCUCCAAUCGACAAACUGAACUCGACUCCUUAUUGUAAAGAAUAUGUACGCCUUGGUUUUGGCUCGUUACUAAAUGACUCAAACAGUAAGAGUAUGCCUUGGAGAAUAUCAGUGGUCAACCUCCAAUACGUUUGUAGAAGUUAUCCGGCUGUUUUGGUCGUUCCUCAUCAAGUCUCUGACGAUUCCAUACUACGAGUGGCAAAAAACCAUCGUCAGAUGCGCUUUCCGGUUGCUACGUGGAGAAAUAAGACAAAUAUGGCUGUUUUGUUGAGGUCAUCCGCGAUUGAAAGAAGUUCCGUUGCUUCCAUCAUCCGCACUGGAGUUGCCGCAAGCGGUGGAAGUACGGACGCCAUUCGUUCUUCAAAUGUGGAACAAGACAAGUAUUUGGCUGCUGUUGUCGCUGCAACUCCUGUAUCAAAAAAUAAGGCGGCUGCUAAACAACAAUCACUUGCAUCAAAUGCAAACAUGUCAAGUGCUACUCUGGAUAUGAGAGAUCUAAGUGAUAAGGAUUUAAAACGUGUUUCAGCAAUCGAUACCAUUGACAAAGCAAUGAUUACACAAGGCUGGGAACCAGCAGCCUUGUAUGUUUUUUGCGAUAAGAACAAUUUGAAGAGCUUAAAGAAAGAAGCUUAUCCUAAAAUUGAGUUCGUGCCAGCUGAGUUGCCCGAUUUGCGGGACAUGAAAACAAGCUUGAAGAAAUUAUUUAAAGUGUGCUGUCCAAGUGGCCCACCAAGGGACUCCGCGCAGGGUGAAACGUUUUUGAAAGCUUUGCAAGAAAGCGAAUGGUUCAAUCAGUUGUCGCUUACAUUGCGUAUUUCCGGUGCUGUUGUUGAUCUACUUGACAUUCAAGGUUCAUCCGUGUUGAUCGCGUUUGAAGAUGGAUGGGAUAAUACGUCACAAAUAACGUCUCUCGCACAAGUAAUGUUAGAUCCCAAGUACAGAACAAUUAACGGCUUUAAAUUAUUGAUUGAAAAAGAGUGGUUAUCAUUUGGGCAUCGUUUCUCCCACCGCUGUAAUCACACACAAUCAACACAGUCGAGUGGAUUCGCACCAGUAUUUUUGCAAUUUCUCGACGGGGUUCAUCAAAUUCUUCAUCAAUAUCCAUUAUCAUUCGAAUUCAAUGAAUAUUUCCUUCACUUUCUCGCAUACCAUCAUGUCUCAAUGCGCUUUCGUACGUUCUUGUUGGACUCAGAGCACGAACGGCAACAAAUGGGGUGGUUGUCUGACGAUGAAGAUAAUGACAAAUCACGUGGGAAAAGCCUUUGGGAUUAUGUUGAUGAACUUCAUAGAAAGGGUUCAAUAUUCUACAAUUUUAAGUAUUCAAGCCAGCACUCGAACAAGGUACUUCGGCCUCAUUGUAAUGUAUCUAACCUUAAGUUGUGGAGCUAUUUUGUGUCUGAAAAUGUUUCGACGGGUCCAACAUUUGACCAAGAACUUAUCAACGAGACAGAGACUGCAGCCGAAGAAGGCCAACAAAAAUUUGAGGACAAGUAUAAUUCAAACAGGCGCUGCUUGAGUGGAAUGUACGGCGGUACUGCCAACUAUGAUAGCAGUGGAUGUUCAUUCCAACUGCAAGAGUAUAACCGGAUAGAAGAAGAAGCAGAUCGACGAACCAGCCGAUGGAAAAGGAUAUGGGAUAAGUUGGAGUCCCCUAACAUCCCGAAAAAGACAGUCUCACUAAACACAAUCGUUUCCCGACACCGAAGUGCUGUGCUACACAAAAGAGAUACCAUGGAUAUUGUUUUAAAGGGAAAACUGCAAAUCGAUGACUAUAGUCAACGAGGCUUUACUCAACCUCAUACGUUUGAGCCUCACAGUUUUGUAGCACCAACAAACUGUGACUUCUGUUUGCAAAUGAUGUGGUAUAUCGGCAAAGGAGGAUUUAAAUGCAAGGAAUGUGGGUUUAACUGCCAUGAAAAAUGUUUAUCACGUGUCCCUCAAGCAUGUCGUUAUUACCGAGAUUUGAAAGAACAAAACGAUAACAUUCCAUCCACAAGUAGUAAGAGCUUACACGAGUCUUCUAGUUCCUCGAAAUCCUCCAAAUUUUUGUCUGGUUAUCUUUGGAAAAAAGGUGCCUUGUUUAAACAGUGGAAGCCUAGAUAUUUUGUGCUUGACACGGAAAGGCAUCAGCUCAGAUAUUAUGACGCUGAAGGUGAUAUUCACUGCCAAGGUGUGGUCAAUUUAUCGGAAAUAAUAUCAUGUGACCUUUCACAACAAAAUGUUUCCAAUGAAAAACAAGUAUAUUUUGAUCUCCGUACAGACAAGCGUGCAUAUAAUUUGUAUGCCUCGUCCGAAGAAGAAGCGAAGAAGUGGAUUAGCAGGCUACAAACUUUGGAUACAUGAAUAUUCACGAGGGAGAAAAUUAAACGAUAAUUACUAAUUUCAGCUGUUUAUAUGUGAUAUAUUUUAUCAUUUUAGACAUAUGUAGGUUAAUUUAUCCUAGUAUCUUUUAAUCUUUUAGUAAUUCCCUAGGAUUAAUUCUCUCUAAAAUUAUGAAAGAUAAUUGGAGUAUUUUAAUAGUAUAUAUUAAAAUUGUGGAGGUCAAUUUUUAAAUUUUUUUCGUAAUUCGUUUUGGAAAUUAAAUUCUUUUUCAAAUUUAAACUCCUAAACAAAAAAUAUUUCGUUAAUUUCGUCACCUAGCCAUUGUCGAUCCAGUCUAUUGAGGUCUUCGGACGUAGUUAGGAAUAAAAUAGAAAAAUCGUCCACGUUAGUAUGCAAGACCCUAAGGCUAAGGAGCUGUAUGUUAAUUGGGGAAUAAAGAGGGAUUGGGGUAUAUACACCCCCAGAGUUUGGUA